UAUUGAGAUCUCGGAAGAGGUUUCAAGGUCGGUUUCAAUGGCGGAAAAGCCGCAGCCGGUGCGAGUGCUCUACUGCGGCGUGUGUGGCUUGCCGGCGGAGUACUGUGAAUUCGGCCCCGAUUUCGAGAAAUGCAAGCCAUGGCUUCGCGUCAACGCUGCUGACCUCUACCCCGAUCUCCUCAAUGAGGAUAAUCAGAAGGAUGUGGAUAAGGCGGCGGAGCAGCUGCAGUCGGUUGGGAUAUCCAGCUCUGGUGAUGGCGGUGGCGCUUCCGCUGCUGCUGCUUCAGGAGGCACAUCUAAACCUGAAGAAGUAAAACGCCUUCCUGGUGGUAAGAUAAAGAAGAAGGAGAAACAAGAAGUUGUCAUUGAAAAGAUUGUCCGAAAUAAACGAAAAUGCGUCACUGUUGUGAAAGGCCUUGAACUUUUUGGUGUUAAAUUAAGUGACGCAUCAAAGAAGCUUGGGAAAAAGUUUGCUACUGGAGCAUCUGUUGUUAAGGGCCCAACUGAGAAGGAGCAAAUUGAUGUCCAAGGAGACAUAGCAUAUGAUAUUGUAGAGUUCCUCACAGAGACAUGGCCUGAUGUGCCGGAGACUGCAAUUUUCUUUAUUGAAGAUGGGAAGAAGGUUGCUGCCGCUUGACCGCUCGUCAUGAAAAUUAUAUGGUAACAAAAUAAUUUGUUGAGUAAUUGGGGCUCAUGGGAGAGCUCACAAGUAAUAGAUGUGUUUUCUACUGCCCUCAAUGAUUUACGGAUCGUAUUUAUGCACAACCUGUUUAUCAAUGAAUCAUUUGGGGGCUGUACAAUGAAUCAUUUUGUAGUUUCUUUUCUGUUAACUUUAGUAAUAUGUUGCCUGUUAUAUGACUUUUACAUGUUCCUUGUUAUCAUUUUGUGCAAGUUUCA